AUGAGCGAGGACACCUCUCCCUCAGACAGCUCGCUUCCCGACGCACUUCGAGGCGCUCAAAGAACCUCCAGUGGCCACGUGUCAUCGGCUAAGACGAAUGAGGCUGCGGAAUCGUUGGCGCCACGCGGGAAGUCGGGGGGAAACGCGGAAGGGGAAGGCGGAACAGCCAAGAUGGAACAGAUGACGGAGGAGGCGGAAAAGGAGGCGGAGAAGGGGGAGGAUGGGGGGGAGGAGCAGAGCAGUGGUGAGCGCAAGGGGCCAGGCGAAGGGCAGAAGGAGGGGGAGGUGUCGAAGAAGGCGGGGGAAGGGGGGAGUGGUGGCGGAAAAGGGGGGAGCGGGGAGGGCGAGUGGUGCGAGGCGCUGGGCGGGGAGGUUUGGCUGGUGGCGUGCAAGCGACCGCAGCUGCUGGCGCGCAGUGAGAAGGGGAUGGGCGCCGUGUGCGUGAACAUCGAUGAUGAGCUGGUGCGUGCCACGUGGCGCUGUAGCGGGUGGCGCUGUGGAACUGAGAAGGGGAGGGGCGGCGUGUGCGUGAACAUGGAUGAUGAGCUGGUGCGCGAGGCUGUGGGAGGUGGGGGGGGUGGGGCAUGGGGCGUGGCGGGUGGGUGGUGGGGAAAGGGUGCUGGCGGGUGGGUGGUGCGUUCCGUGUGCCACGUGGGGCAUGCCCUGUGGAGCGUGGGGCGUGGUUGGUGGGUGGAUGGGGGGGGAGGGUGCUGGCUGGUGGCUGGUGGGGUGUACGAGCCAUACUGCAUGGACUUUGGGCCGCUCAGCCUGGCGUGCAUCCACCGCUACUGUGACACCAUGGACCGAGCCCUGCAGGAGGGGCGGGGGCUGUCACGAAGGGUGGUGCAUGUGUGCAGCAGCGCGCCCCACAAGAAGGCCAACGCCGCCCUUCUCCUAGCAGCGUAUCUCAUUCUGCGCCAUGCCAUGCCAGCCGAUGCCGCCCAUGCGGUGCUGCACCCCUUGGAUCCGCUGCCGCCCUUUAGAGAUGCAUCCAACGGCGCAUGCACCUUCCACAUCACCGCACUCGACUGCUGUCAGGUGCUUGUGUGGGGGUGGAAGGUGUGGGGGGCAAGGAGUGUGGGGCAAGGAGUGUGGGGCAAGGAGUGUGGGGCAAGGAGUGUGGGGCAAGGAGUGUGGGGCAAGGAGUGUGGGGCAAGGAGUGUGGGGCAAGGAGUGUGGGGUGGAAUGUGUGGGGGGGGCGAGGUUACAUCCAAGACGUCUCAAAUGUCACGUCCAACGGCGCUUGCACCUUCCAUAUCACCACUCUCGACUGCUGCCAGGUGUGUGUUUGGGGCAAGGAGUGAGGGAUGCAAGGCGCUAGAGCGAGCACAGAAGGGAGGGCUGAUAACGGGGUUCCGAGUGGGCGAGUACGAGCGGCUGGAGCAGGCCGACCUCACCACGCCCGCUGACGACCCCGCUAGCGUCAUGGAGGGGUACCUCACGCCAGAGGACUAUGUGCAGUACUUCCGCCAGGCGGGCAUAGCAGCCAUAAUCCGGCUCAACAGGAGGGUGUACGACAAGAGGCGAUUCACCCGCCAUGGCUUUGCCUUCUACGACCUCUACUUCCCUGAUGGCGGCGCCCCCUCAGAUGGCAUAGUGGAGCGCUUCUUUGCCGUGGUGGAGGGCAGCAACGGGCCUGUCGCCAUCCACUGCAAGGCGGGUCUGGGGCGCACGGGGGUGCUGGUGGGGUGCUGCCUCAUGAAGCACUGCGGCAUGACGGCCACGCAGGUGAGGGGCAGUGGGGGGGUGAGGGCGGUGGGACUUGUGGGGUCAGUAAUCGGGCAGCAGCAGCACUACCUGGCGCUCAUGCACCCGCGCAUGGCACGCGCAGUGAGUCCUUGUCUCACCUCUGCAUGUGACUGCAGUAUGUCUCUGCCAUGCACCCACGCGCCCCUGCCACCCGUGCGUGCCUCCCUGUCCCAUGCUCUCUUUGCUCUGUCGUCCUCUCAGGGCGAGGAGUUUCGGCGAAAGACCCGAGCGCUCUCACCCUUCUCACCUCGCACUACCACCAGCACUGCACCCGGCAACCCGCCCCCUGUGCUCCCGCACGCUCACGCGCCCAGCCUCGCCCUGCCAUCGCGCACGGGGCGCAAGGUGUAUGCUCGCACGGACGAGCAGGCAGCAGCAGCAGUGGCCGACCUGCAGUUUUCCCGCCAUUCACGCUCGCUCGCCCGCACCGGCUCCGUUCCUGUGCGGCCAGGCUCGGCAGGACCGAUGCGGUCAGGCUCGGCCGGGCCAGUGCGGUCAGGCUCAUCAGUGUCGCUGCGGUUUCCCCUGGGGAGGAGUGUGAGCCGGCCAGGCAGCAGCAGCAGUGGCGCCGAGAGCAGCAUGAGUGGCGUGGGUGGUGGCGGGGGAGAGGGCAUUGGGCCGAAGCAGAGGAGACAGCGGGAGGGAGGGGGGAGGGAGAGGCGCGCAGCUAGUGCAGCCACCACACCACGUGCACGUGGGGAUGGUGAUGGGGCGGAAGGGGCAGAGGAGGGAGGGGGAAGCGGGGAGGAGGGUGAGAAGGGAGGGGAGGGAGGAGAGGAAGGGGGUGGGGCGGGAGCGAGGGAGAGCGGGGCAUGGGUGAGGCUGAGGAGGCUCGGGGGAAGCAUGCGCGAACGCGCCCUCUCCCUCUCCUCCUCCCCUGCCCUGCGCCGCCCCAUCAGCAAAUCAGCUUCCAUGUCCCCAUACACAUCCAUGCCUGCCAUGACUCCCAUGACUCCCCAUGCCUCUGUGCCUGCAUCCCAUGAAUCUGCUGCCCUGCACCCCGGCAUGGCAUCCCCCGAGCCUCGCCAUGUGCGGGCUGCCAGGCGCCUCAGGCUGCGGGGGGUGUGGGGGGCUGCUGAUGGGGUGCGGAUUGGGGGGAAUGUGUGGAAGGAAGCAGGGGAGGGUGGUGGUGGUGGGGGGGAGGUGCGUGUGGGGGAGGGCGGUUGUGGUGGGGGGGAUGGGAAGGGGGGAGCGCGGUGUGGCGAGGGGGAGUGCAGUGCGGUGGAGGGCAAUGUUGCUGUACAAGAAGCAGAAUGUGUAGGUGAGGAGGGUGCUGGUGCAGCAGAUGUAACGGGAGAAGGCAGGGAUAGGGAGUCAAGAGGGGCAUCAGAGCAGGCAGCAGAGGAUGCAAGCGCGCUUGCAACGAGGAUGGACAGUGCAGCACAGGUGGCAGCACUGCUGGCAGCACAGGCUGUACCGAGUGAAACAGUGGCAUCAGAUCAGGGAGCGCCAGAGGCAGCAGCAACGGCACCAGAUUCUGAGAGGCCGCAAGCAGCAGCAGUAGCAGCAGUAGCAGCAGAGCGGGUGGGGGCGAGCAGGAAGACACACUCACGGGCGGCCUCAUGGCUGGGAUUGUCAUUCUUUUCUGCUGCAGCGCGCACAUACACACCCGCAGGCUCUGCAAGCCCGCUUCCCUCUCCUCUUCCAGCCCGCCCUCCCUGCUCCGCAGCAGGUGCAGCAGGCGUGGAGGGGGCAGCAGAGAGAAGCGAGGCAGAGGGAGCGGCAGAAGAGCCAGCGGCAGCGGCGGGAGGUGCAGAGGCAGCAGGGUUAGCUCCAGAAGAUGCCGGCCCAAGGCCUGGGGGGCCAGUGACAUGCGACUACACACUGGCUGAUGCAGACCUAGCUCCUAGGUUUGGGCGCAUACAGGCGGCUGGUGUGCAGGGGGCAGGAGGGGAGCAAGCAGGGGCGCGCAGCAGCACAGUGGUGCGAGUGAUCAAUGCAGGGGGACAGCCCAGGAAGGCGGUUUCCGUGGCUAAGUUUGGUGCUGUGCAGGGUGGUCGGUUCAGGCUUGGUGUGAGAAGAUAG